UGGGGGGAAGGGGGCGGAGCUUUCCCAGCAGGCGGCCGUGUCACGUGGGGCGGGGUGGUGGUUCCUUGGCCUGAGACGACGACGCUGCGAACGUUCCGGCGUUGCGGGCUGGGCGCGCCUGCGGAUCUCCGCGCUGCCUGCGCUCGCGCUUUGGACGGCGGGAGGGCGAGUAGGGAGCCGGGGCCUUGUUAUCGCUGCCCCGGGGCGGCUGCUUUCUCCCUUCCUUCCUUCCGGGCUGGUUCCGGCCCCUGGAGGCGCCUCUUGCCCGGUUUCCGAGGGCCUGUGCGCCCCCCCCGCCCCAAUUAGCAUGGGGGACCCUCUGCCCCAGAUCCAGGGAGCCUUUUCUUCUACAGCUAUGGACGAUCUUCUGCCAUUGAUCUUUCAGCAGAACUGGGGUCUUCCAGACCCUCCCCCCAGCAACACGCCCGUCGUGGAGAUAAUUGAACAGCCCAAGCAGCGUGGCAUGCGUUUUCGCUACCAGUGCGAGGGGCGCCUGGCCGGCUCCAUUCCUGGGGAGCGCAGCACAGACACCACCAAGACCCACCCCACCAUCAAGAUCCACAACUACGUGGGCCCAGGCAAGGUCCGCAUCUCGCUGGUGACCAAAGAGCUCCCCUACCGGCCGCACCCCCACGACCUGGUGGGGAAAGACUGCAAAGAAGGCUACUACGAAGCAGAGCUGUCACCGGAACGCUCCAUCCACAGCUUCCAGAACCUGGGGAUCCAGUGCGUGCGGAAACGAGACCUGGACAAAGCUGUGGCCAAGCGGAUCGAAACCAGCAACAACCCGUUCAAUGCCUCCUUAGAGGAGCUUAAAGGAGACUACGACCUGAACGCAGUUCGACUCUGUUUCCAGGUGUGGAUCCAGGAUGCAGGCAGCGGCCACUUAGCCCAGCUUCCUCUGGCAGUCUCGCAGCCCAUCUAUGACAAUCGUGCUCCCAACACAGCUGAAUUGAAGAUCUGCCGUGUUAACCGCAAUUCGGGGAGCUGUCUUGGCGGCAAUGAGAUCUUCCUUCUUUGUGAUAAAGUCCAGAAAGAGGACAUUGAAGUCCGCUUCUUCAAGGACUCCUGGGAGGCAAAGGGGUCCUUCUCGCAAGCCGACGUCCAUCGCCAAGUGGCCAUUGUCUUCAAGACCCCGCCGUACAUGGACCAAGCCCUCCGCGAGCCGGUGACCGUCCAGAUGCAGCUGCGUCGCCCGUCCGACAAGGAAGUCAGCGGGCCCAUGGAGUUCCGGUACCUCCCCGAUGAAGGGGACUUUAAUCGCAUUGAGGAGAAACGCAAACGGACGCUUGGCACCUUCAAGAACUUUGUGCAGAAGACGCCUUUUGCAGCAGUCGGGACUCCAGAGUCACGCUCCCCACGACGCAUCGCUGUUCCGAAACAUGGGCCGGCCAGGCCCAACACCAGUGGUGUCUCGGGGCCCAUGGGAUCCCCAGGGCAAGCCCAGCUGCCUGUUCCAAAGCUCCAGGCCAUGGGCCACCCUUCAUCUAGCUUCUUUGCCGGGCCCAACCAUCUCCCGCCUCCUGCUCCUCCUACGGCUGUGCCGUCCACCUUCAGCACGGUAAACAUGGAAGACCUGUCGGGCCUGGGCGUGAGCCAGCGGGUCCAGCCUUCUGAGUCGGACGCGGAGGCCAGCAUCGCGGACGCCUUCCUGCACCUUCACUUUGAAGGGGGGGACGCGGCGGCUAUGGAGCUGGCGGGGAUCCUGGACGACACCCCCUACACCAGCCUGGAGGGGAUCAACACGGCCGAGUUCCGCCAGCUCCUGACGGAAGGGGCCGGGCAGCCGGCCCUCCAGGACAACCAGGGCACUCUGCUGACCUACCCAGAGUGCAUCACCCGCCUGGUGUCCCAGCGGAGGGCCCAAGGGGAGCCCGGAGGCGGCGGCGGCAACGGGGAAGGAGGUAGCGGCGGGGGCAGCUCCUCAGCCACCAGCUGUUUCAACGGUCUUCUGGGGACUCUUCCUGGCGAGGACAGCUUUUCGUCCAUGGUCGAUAUGGACUUGAACUCUAUCCUGAGCCAGCUGAACUCAUAAGCUGCGGGGGAGGCCUCUUCUCUGGACCCGAGGGCUUGGGACUCUGGCUACCUCGUGGCCCCAAAUUGCGUAGACUCGUCAAUGUGCUCUUCUCCCUCACAGAUACUCCCUGCUUUCCAAGGAAAGGAUCGCAGGCGGGGCUGGGUGGGGGGUGUCUAGGGUUGUUCCCCCACCCCAUACCAGCACCAUCACUUUGCUUGACUGUGGACAGGGGUGAGGUCUCUUCUACCCCGCCCACCCAGUAAAGAGGGAAUUCUACACUGUACAUCAGUGCGGUGUAGACUGUUCUCAUUUACCCUCUUUCCAGAUGCAUGGGGUUGCAGGGAACUGUUUUGGAGGUCGGGUGGGGGUUUCCCACCUUCCCAUUGUUGCCUUCUUAAAGCUCAACAACCGGCACUUUCUCCUCUUCAUGCCAAAUAGAAUGUUACUAGGGUUGGGGGGAGGGUUGCUCAUUUGCCUUCAAGAACUGUGCCAACAAGCAGAAAGUCAGCAGGUGAAGCCUGUGUCUGACCUCUUCCUUUGCUGCACAAUUCCAAAAGUUACAGUAGCUGUAGCAGAAUUUUUUUUUUUUUUUAAGCAAAGCUACUUUUUGGUGUUUGUUCUUAGUUCUGGAGUGCCUUAAAGCAUCAUCCCAAGGGUCUUCCGGUGGACGAUGCGUGCCUGCUUGAAACCCUACCACAGGGAUGGUAGAAGUGUGGCCCUCUAAAAAGUGUUGGGUUUCAGCUCCCAUAAUCCCCGACCAUUGGCCACGCUGGCUGGGGCUGAUGGGAGGUGGAGGCCAACCACAUCUGGAGGGCCACAGCCUCCCUGAGCCCAGGGCAAGCAAGGGCUUGCUCACUCACCCCCCCCCUCCCAAGGCAGAGGCAGAAAAGGUUGGAAUGCUUUGUAGUUCUCUUUUUGCAAAGAAAUUGUCUCGCUUCAUUAGGCUGUUGGAGGGUGUACAGAACGGUGUGGGUGGAAGGCAGGUUAUCUUUUGGCCUUGUUAUUCUUUGCCUUAACCGGGGCAUGUGCGCAGUGCGUUGUGGCACGCACGUAGGACGCGCCCCCCUGCCCUCCACAAGAGUUCUUUUAAAAGCCAGGCUAAGCGACAAGGCUGCCAGGUGGGCCAGCCUCGGGGAUGAAAGGAGAAGGAGACCAAAAUCAUCAUCUGCUAGCCGACACUGAAAAGCUGUAGGCUUGUGCCCUCUCAUUCGUCCCGGGAAGGUAAAGAAAAUGACGAGAAAUCACAGAGGACGUCGGCCGCUUUUCGCCUUCCGCACCGAAACCAAAUCUGGGAACGCUGGCAAAAGUUAAGGGCUUUUCUUUUUCGGUUACUGUAAAGGGGUGCAAUUGAGACGGCUGGUGCCUUUUCCCUGCAGCCUUGCCUGGCUCCCGGUCCUGCUCGUUCUCCUGCCGCUGGUUUGGAAGACGGCUCAGCCAGGGCAAGGGCUUCAGAUCGCCAUGUCUCCCAAAAUCUGCCAGCCUCCAGGUUCCUCCACCCCUCCUCAGUGGCAAAUUGGUUAGACCCACAGCCUCAGGUGGGUGUACCCAGCUAAGCACUGAAAAAGGGUGCAGGACCCCCACCUGCAAUCACCCGUAGGGUAGGAAACGGCCUACAGCCAGGGGGGGUGGGAGACUGGAGGUGAAAACAUCUUCCAGACCAAGCUAGCAGGGGGCAGCAAUGGGGUCUGUCCUUUGUAGGGUGUCGGUGGGGUUGUGCCUUGUGUGGUUUUUAUACUAUUUUCUGCAUUUUUAAAAGGGGAGGUAGGUGUGUGGCGAUACUUAACCACUUAAGUGCUGUUACUAUUUUACAGUUGUAUCUACUUUUUUUUGUUAUCUAACGUGGCCACUCUUCCUGCCGCUGCCACCUUCUCUUCGCAGGUCCCUACUAAUAAACUGAAGCCUCAGACUGCUA